CAUCAUUAUUAUUCAUAUUGUAACAAAGUCCCAACAAUAAACAAAGAAAACAAUUUAGGAGCGAUUAAUAUAUUAUUUAAGGAGAAAUUCAACAAUUUUGUAAUUAUACAAGCUAUAAGUAUAUCUGAUUCGUAAAGCUAAUUAAGUUAAGCAUCACAAUGCGUCAAAAAGAUCUGCGCCCCGCGCCUGCUCUUAUUGAGUAUAAGGGCAUGAAGUUCCUAAUCACCGAUCGACCAUCAGACAUAACAAUUAAUCACUAUAUAAUGGAGCUUAAAAAGAACAAUGUUAACACUGUGGUGCGUGUGUGCGAGCCCAGCUACAAUACGGAUGAGCUGGAGGCCCAAGGCAUAACCGUCAAGGAUCUGGCCUUUGACGACGGCACCUUUCCGCCGCAGCAGGUCGUUGACGAAUGGUUUGAGGUUUUGAAGGACAAAUACCAGCAGAAUCCCGAGGCUUGCGUUGCCGUGCACUGUGUGGCUGGUCUGGGACGUGCCCCCGUUUUGGUUGCACUUGCACUCAUCGAAUUAGGCUUGAAAUAUGAAGCGGCUGUUGAAAUGAUUAGAGAUAAGCGACGCGGCGCCAUCAAUGCCAAGCAACUGUCAUUUUUGGAAAGAUACAAGCCGAAAGCGCGGCUAAAGCACAAAAAUGGCCACAAAAAUUCAUGUUCUGUGCAAUAGAUUUCCAAAACCAUAUGUAUAUUCCCACCAGAUAAAAAGUGUUCAUUUUUUCAAAAAAAAAAAAACAAACAAGUAAUAAUAAAUAUGAAAAACAAAAGGCAACCCAAGCUAAAAAAAAAAACCAACCAACUGUAAAACUGUUUAGUUGCAAAUUCAUCAACCCGUUUAUAAAUGAGAAUUAAUCGCAACAAAUAUUGAUCGCAGCCCAGUAAUUAUAAACAAAUUCUUGUAUUGGCAUCAAAUUGUAUUUACUGUAUGUAUUAAUUAAUGUAAUUUAUUUUUGCUUAAUUUCACAAACCCACAAGAAAACAACACGCCCAUAUAAUACCCAUUCAAUGGUUGUAGCCGGGCAAUAUAGUAAAAGUAACAUUAUUAAUAUCUGUAAUAGUAGAUUAUGUACCCAUCCAACAAAAAACAAAAAAGCAAAAAAGCAAAAAAACAAAAGCAAAUCCAAAUAAAAUGAACAAACUAUCAAA